UUAGCCGUUCUGACUGGUGGCGGGAGCAACGGAUUCGCGCUCUGCUACAGCUCCUAUGUUAAAAAGAAGAAGUAGAAGGAAAAAAGACUCAUCGACCCUGAAAAAGAAUAACUAAAAUUCAGUCUUUGGAUCUUGCGGUCUUUGCUUUUCCCUCAAUGGCAGCUUCUCGACUAGCGGUUGCCCUUUCUUUGUUAUGUUGCCUCUUCUUGCUCUGCCCAUUUUCUUCAGCUUCCGAGAUUACCCUUCCUUCCGAUUCACACAAAGUGUCCUUGACUUUAUACUACGAAUCCCUGUGUCCGUACAGCGCCAAUUUCAUCAUCAAUUACCUAGUUAAGCUCUUCGAAGAUGAUCUGUUGUCGAUCGUCGAUCUCCGCCUCGUUCCUUGGGGAAACGCCAAACUCAAAGGCAACGACACCUUUGCUUGCCAGCAUGGUCCUGGUGAAUGCUUGUUGAACACUAUUGAAGCUUGUGCGAUUGAUGCCUGGCCUCAACUGAAUGACCAUUUCCCUUUUAUCUAUUGCGUUGAGACGUUGGUGUAUGAGCGCAAGUACCUUGAAUGGGAAUCGUGCUAUGGGAAAUUGGGGUUGGAUUCAAAGCCCAUCUCAGAUUGCUAUAGCAAUGGACUUGGGCUAAAGCUUGAACUACAAUAUGCAGCUGAAACUAAUGCCCUCGAACCUCCUCAUACAUAUGUGCCUUGGGUUGUUGUGGAUGGACAGCCACUUUAUGAGGACUAUGAAAACUAUAUAAGCUAUGUGUGCAAGGCUUAUAAAGGUGCUGCUGUGCCCAAGCCUUGCAGUGGACUAUCCUUCAAUCGAAUCUAUGGUGAAAAAUUAAUCCAUCCAGUAUGCUAUAAGGAGAUACCAGCACCAACAUUAUUGUCAAGAACCAUAUCGUCUGUGAUAUCGUGGAUAUGGAAGAUGGCGACUUCUAUGUAAUUGCUUUCCGUUUUAUACAUAAUGCAUAAAUGUCCUAAUAUACUUUGCUGUUGCUAUUUGAUUGGAUUCUAGUUAGAUUGUUAAUGUAUAUCGUCAGUGCAGUUUUUGCACUAGGACUGAACUGCAUGUAAUGUGGACUUUGAUAAACCACUUAUCAUGACAGAUCAUCUGCAAAAUACUAUGUGU